UCUGGGACAGCCAAUAGCUACUUUUCUUACUGAAAAGUUGUCAACUAUAUCAUAUAGGAUGGACUUGUAAUAGUUGCUUUAUCCUGAGGUACUUAUAUCCCUCCAUUGAGAGGAAAAGCCAAUGUUUGUAUGACGGCAACACUAGCUAAAGCAGCUGUUUAGCAACAGCCCACUGCCCCAUCAGUGAUUGGAAUAACGGUGUUUAAAAUCCGUUACUUUUUUCAGUAACGGGUAAUCGAACGAAUUACUUUAACUGUCAGCGCAACGUCGUUACCAUUUUCGACACCCCGUUACUGCACGUUACUGAGACCGCCUAAAAAUAUGUCACCGAUUUCAUAACAAAUUUGCAGCAGAGUGUUGCAGAGUGACAAGUAAAAUUGAGUCUUCGGCCAAUCAGAGAACUUGAGUGGGCAGGUGUUUAGAGCACAUUAGCAAUGAGGAUUGGCUAAGGUUUAGUAAGAUUGUGUCUUCAGCCAAUCAGAGAACUUGGGUGGGCGGGUGUUUAGAGCACAUUAGCAAUGAGGAUUGGCUAAGGUUUAGUAAGAUUGCGUCUUCAGCCAAUCAGAGAACUUGAGUGGGCGGGUGUUGAGAGCACAUAAGCAAUGAGGAUUGGCUAAGGUUUAGUAAGAUUGCGUCUUCAGACAAUCUUUAAAGUAAGGUGCUCAACACUGUGACCCAUACACCUCUCCACAGACUUACGAUGGGCGGGACAAUGCCCAGCAUUCAUCCAAUGACCGUCCAGUUUCUCACAGUUGACCCACCCACUCUACGCGUCCCAAUUAAAGUUCGUAGACUCUCAGCGUCGACAACGUGAAAGUGUCGUUGAGCUGCGGGGAUGAACCACAAGGUCUUGCCAGUUAAGUUUGCCAGAUUAAGGAAAUCAGAGGUGAAACUGGCAAAGGACACUGCUGGCUAGACAAGAAAACAGGAGCACGUCCAGUGGCAGUCUGGAACAACCUGCAGUGCUGCAGCUCCACUGCCGGAGGGAUGCUUGGACGGUGGCGUGAAAUGGGUCAUUUGAGAAAAAUGAUCUUUUAAGGGUAAAAAUAACUGUGCCACCUUCUGAGGGAAGCUAACUGGCAACAAAGUGUACUGUGACGUGAGCCCACGGUCACUGAGGAAUAUGUUGGAGGUUGGAACAUCCGAGGAAGCUGAGAGAAAAUGAUUUUAGGAAGGGGGAGGGAAAGCAGCAGUUCUUCUCAUUUCACUUGGAAUUUUCUUUUGAAUCCAACCAUGAAGGAGAUCCGUUUUAAAAACUGAGGGAGCACUCGGGAGUGUGACCAAUCACAGCGGAGUGGGCGUACCUGGAGUCUGAAUGGGUCGAAAACAGGAAGUCCAUGGAAACGCUGCAGAGAGAGGUGCUGAAUCUGGAAGAUCUAGAAAGCUUUCUAAGCAGGGGGCACCCUUGACUCCAGCGUUUCUGGGACACACAGACAGCGAGCGGAAGCCAGCAGAGAGAAAGAAGACCAUGUUUGUUGAAAGGGCAGGUGCUGUCUAGGACCUCGCCAUGAGAACACUCUAUUGGAUCCUCUCUGAGCUCUAAUUACACUGAGGCUGAUUCAUGAACUGCAAAAUCAUCCAAGAGGGAGCCCAAAAAAAAAGUUGGAAGGGCACCACUUUCCCUGGAAGUUUGUCCGGGUUCCGGCGGAAUGUGAAGGAAGUGAUAUUAGAAACAAGACAACAAUAUUGGAGAGUGGACAAAAAGACGAGGAAUUCAAACACAACGUGAGGCUCAAAGACAACGGCCGAGCUUAAUCCGCCGGGCCCCAUGACUAUGCCCCGGAGCCCCACUUCCAGUGAGGAUGAGAUGGCCCAGAGCUUUUCCGAUUACUCCGACGACUGCGCUUCCGAAAGCUCCCGUGAAGAAACCAUUUAUGAAACUAUAAGGGCCACCGCCGAGCCGUCGCCGCAUCGCAUGGAUGACAUUCACAUCAACUCGCUGGUCAUCCGUGUCAUCAUCCCCGACCUGCAGCAGACGAAAUGCAUGCGGUUCAACCCUAAUGCGACCGUCUGGGUUGCCAAGCAGCGGAUCCUCUGCACGCUCAAUCAGAGUCUGAAAGACGUGCUCAACUACGGCCUUUUCCAGCCUGCCAACGGCGGCAGAGAUGGCAAGUUCCUGGAUGAAGAACGCAUCCUCCGGGAGUACCCUCAGCCGCUCAGCAAAGGUGUCCCGUGUCUGGAGUUUCGCUACAAGAGCAGAGUGUACCGGCAGCCCAAUCUGGAUGAGAAACAGAUCGCCAAACUUCACACCAAGGGCAAUCUGAGGAAGUUCAUGGACCUCGUGCACCACAACCAGGUGGACAAAGUGUCCAAGAUGUUGGAGAGAGGCCUUGAUCCCAACUACCAUGACAGCGACAGUGGUGAGAGCCCUUUGACCUUUGCAGCACAUCUGGAUAACGUGGUGGAGAUGAUCAAGGUUUUAAAGAACGGAGGAGCUCACUUGGACUUCAGAGCCAAAGACGGCAUGACGGCCCUCCAUAGAGCUGCACGCUCCAAGAACCACGCCAUACUCACGACGCUGCUGGACUUGGGAGCGUCUCCAGACUACAAGGACAGCCGAGGUCUGACUCCGCUGUAUCACAGCGUGGUUGUGGGGGGAGACCCGGGUUGCUGUGAGCUCCUGUUGAAGCAUCACGCCUCCGUGUGCUGCCAGGAUGAGAACGGCUGGCACGAAAUCCACCAGGCUUGCCGCCACGGACACGUGCAGCACCUGGAGCAUCUCAUGUUCUACGGAGCAGACAUGAGCGCUCGGAACGCCUCGGGAAACUCCGCUUUACACAUCUGUGCGCUGUACAACCAGGAUAACUGUGCCAGGGUGCUGCUCGUCCGUGGAGCUGAUAAAGAAGUGAGGAACUACAACAGCCAGAGUCCUUUUCAGGUCGCUAUCAUAGCCGGGAACUUUGAGCUCGCUGAACUGAUCAAGAACCACAAAGAGACCGAUAUCGUGCCUUUCCGCGAGGCUCCAUCGUACUCCAAACGACACCGAGGUCCGUCGUCUGGCACCAACAGCCAGACCCCCACGUCGUUAUCAGCUCCGCGGGUCUUGCUGCGCUCCAACAGUGACAACAACCUCACAGUCGGUCAGUACCAGCAGCACGGUCCACCCGGCAACUGGGGGCCCCAUCUUCAGCAACAUCCAACCAGGACCCCCCAGCAGGGUCACUCGCAGUCUGGCUCGUCAGCAUUGCAUCGCAGCCUGUCACCCCAGCUGCUUCAGCAGAUGCCCAGCGGCAGCCCCAAUGGCAACGUGGUGGUUCGAACCAUGGGGCGGGGGGCAAGGAGCCGGUCACCCUCCCUCAGCCGGCUGGGGGAGGAGGCCCGGCGGGCAGUACCCUCGCAGCGUCAACCCAGUCCCGGGAGCCACGGCGAGGCGGCGGGCAGCAGAAGGAAGCUGUACAGUGCCGUCCCAGGGAGACACUUUGUGGUGGCGCGUCCUUACACGGCCCAGGCUGAAGGAGAGAUCAACCUCUACAAGAACGAUCGAGUCAAAGUUCUGAGCAUCGGCGAAGGGGGCUUCUGGGAGGGUAGCACCCAUGGCCAGAUGGGCUGGUUUCCAGCCGACUGUGUGGAGGAGAUCCCCGCCAAGGCCACCGAGGAGAGGAGCUAUUCCCGAGCGGACCGUGCUGACAGAAGGAAGUUGUUCCGACACUACACUGUGGGUUCCUACGACAGCUUUGACGCCUCAAGUGACUGCGUGGUGGACGAGAAGACGGUGGUGCUUCAGAAAAAAGACAAUGAAGGAUUCGGCUUCGUUCUGCGAGGGGCAAAAGCGGAUACGCCCAUUGAGGAGUUUACUCCGACCCCGGCCUUCCCUGCACUGCAGUAUCUGGAGUCGGUGGAUGAGGGAGGCGUGGCAUGGCAGGCGGGGCUCCGGACAGGGGACUUCCUCAUCGAGGUCAACCAAGAGAAUGUGGUGAAGGUGGGCCACAGGCAGGUGGUCAACAUGAUCCGCCAGGGAGGGAACCGCCUCCUGAUCAAGGUGGUGACCGUCAGCCGGAAUCUGGACCCCGAAGACACGGCACGCAAAAAAGCUCCACCCCCACCAAAGAGAGCCCCCACGACUGCCCUCUCCAUGCGCUCCAAGUCCAUGACGUCGGAAUUAGAGGAACUGGACAAAGUUGAGGAGAUGACGCAUGCCCAGAAGUCGUCGCCGGUCGAUGCAAAGAUCGCCACCAUCAAGCCACGCCCAUCCAGCCGCUGCUUGGUCACGCCCACUGACCUGAACUCCAUGUACCAUGACCGGCAGGGAGUAGCAGUGGUGCCACCCACGGUACCGGGGGCCUUCCUGGGCUUGCCAGAAAAGGCCACCCUGAGGAAGCAGAAGUCCAUAGGUACAACAGAAGAGGAGAAACAGGGAUUCCUGACACCUCCUCUGCUCAAGUUUUCCCGCAGCCUCUCCAUGCCUGACACUUCAGAGGACAUCCCCCCUCCCCCCGCCAUUUCACCCCCCUCGCCCCCCGGCUACAACUCACCCGCCGCGGCCUCAGCGCCCAAGAGUUACGCGACCACAAGACCCAGCUUCACCCAAAACUCGGCAAACGCCGUGACGACCAUCAGUCGAACCGCAGAUGUCGGUACUUUGAGGCGGGGCUACUUCAGACAAAGUUCCGAGCAUUUCGAAAGCACGCGCACGCGAGGGCGCACCCCCGUGCCCGAAAACCCUUACUCCGAAGUAGGCAAUAAGAAUUUGUACGUGCCGGCUAAACCGGCGCGACGGAAGGGCAUGCUAGUAAAACAGCCAAACGUCGAGGACAGUCCAGAAAAAACCUGCCAUAUGCCGGCAAGCCCCUCGGGUGCCGUUUCCAUGCCAACCACCCCCGUCGAGCGGACAUGCUCCUCCAUCCCCAUCCCCACCAUCAUCGUCAAGGAGCCCUCCACCAGCAGCAGCGGCAAGAGUAGCCAGGGUAGCAGCAUGGAGAUUGAACCCACCACGCCGGAACACCCGUCUCUCAUGCCCACCAUUGGUGGGGGUCUGCGUCCCGAGGACCCGCUCUCCCUAAGCAACCCGUUUGCGGCGGCUAUUGCCGGGGCAGUACGGGACCGAGAGAAAAGGCUCGAGGCCAAAAAGAACUCCAUCGCCUUCCAGUCGAUCGAUAUGGCGGACGAUGACCUAAGCGGCCCGACGCCGACCCCUCGUCUUCGCCAGUCAAAGUCCAUCGACGAGGGCAUGUUUAGUAGUGAUGAACGACUUCGAAGGAUGAUGGCCCCCCCGUUGCACCUGGGACCUCCCGUUGGGGGAGGCAGCGGCAACAUGACGGACUUUAACACUCCGGAGCCCACAGUUGUUCGGGAGCCUUUGAAUACCAGAACAGGCCAGUGUCUGAACCUGGACAGCCCGGUCAGCCUCCCAGCCACUUCCCCCAAGAGCCACUACCGGGCCAACGGGACCUACCUUCAUCCUGUCACUGGGAAGCCCCUGGACCCCAACUCUCCCCUCGCGUUGGCCCUCGCAGCUCGGGACCGAGCCAUGAAGGAGCAACAAAACCAUCACCAAAAUCCUCCUCAGGUUCCGCAAACCCCCAAACACGAAGCUCAGUCUUUACCCUUACAGCCGGGCCACAAACCCGACCUCAACCAGCCGCUCUUCAUCGAUACCAAGUUGCGGUCUGGGAUUGAGACGAGUUUUGCCGCAAUCUCAUCGUCAACCAUGGGCCGCCCAGGACGAGGCGGCUUGCGGCGGCAGUUGACUGAACAGAAAUACGAGUCUGACGGGACCCGGGAGGAGCGAAAGCACCAGGCGGUGGAGGAGAGGAAGAGCGCACCGCCAGACGUGACCGACACGGCCAAGUCCACGGGGCUGUUGAUGGUCCACACCAGCACGGACGCGAGCAAGAAGGUUAACAGCCAAGAGUUGGAAGGACAAGACAGCAACAGGCCGUCGGAGUUGAAAGACCCCAACCAACCCGAUCCCCGUGGCGCCCAAGCGUUGUCCAUUAACCCCCAGCCCGCCUCGGCACGAAGACGGAGCGUUCCUUUAGGCGAAUCCGUGGACGAACCCGUGAAGCUGCCCUUCCGUAUCCCCCCGCCCCCUCUGGCAUCAGUCGACAUCGAUGAGGAGUUUGACUUCACGGACCCCCUCCCGCCUCCGCUGGAGUUCGCAAACAGCAUCGACAUUCCGGAUGACCAGGCGAGCGCCAUUGCAGAGAUGAUUCAGCAGCAGAGAAGGAACGGGGGCCUGCCGCCAUACAACGCCCAUGCGCCCCCGUCUGUUACGGACCAAUACAAACGGGUGACAAACAGUAUGCCCCCCUCGUAUCCACCGCCCCCGCCGGACCCCGAAUCAGGGGUGGGCGAUUCUGGUAUCGAAGAGGUAGACAGUCGCAGCAGUGGAGACCCUCAGCACAUGGAGACCACCAGCACCGUGUCCAGCAUCUCCACCCUGUCAUCAGAGGGCGGCUUCUGUGACAGCGCCUUAGAGACUCUUCACGCCACUGCAGAUGGUCACUCCUUCCUGGUGGAUAGACCGCCCGUGCCGCCCAAACCCAAAGGCAAGUCCGUCAUCAACAGAACAUCGCUUUACCAUGACGCGGUCAUCGAGGAACCCCCGGAACCUUACGGGUCACCGCCUCAGGCUACUCCUGCUCCUCCUUCGUCCUCUGAAGCUCCUCGGACAUCAAAGCUGUGGGGCGAUCAACACCCCGAACUUCACAGCCCUCCAUCGACACCAGACGCCAAGAACACCGUCAUCACGGAGUUGAGCUCCAUCCUGCAACACAUGAAUCGCGACCGGCCCCCCAAGUCGGGAGAAAGCCUGGAUUCCCCCACAGGAAGCAGAGGGACCUUUGGAAGCAGGCCCCCAACCGAAGACUCAGGAAUGCGUAGCAACGCCGCCGCCGCCGCCGCACUCACCUCCACGCCUCCUAGCAGCCUUCCUUCUCAGACACACCCAUGCAGCCCUCCGGACUCCGCCUCCUCCCUCACCCCCUGCUCGUCGCUGCCGCCCUCGGUGUCGCCCACCCUCACGGACGUCUUCGGCCUGCCCACCCCGCCCAUGGGGAGCGGCGGAGGAUACAGCCUGAGCUCCUCGUGCGGCGGCAGCGGGAGCUCGCGUUCGCCGUCGCCGCUGACUCUCAUGCAGGCGGUGGCGGCGUCGGGGAAGCCCUUCGCCUCCAAGCCCAUGGAACUGUGGAACAAGUACGACGUGGCCGAUUGGCUGGAGAGCCUCAACCUGGGAGAGCACAGAGACGCUUUCCUGGACAACGAGAUCGAGGGCGCACACCUGCCCUCCUUGCAGAAGGAGGACCUGAUAGACCUGGGCGUCACCAGGGUGGGGCACCGCAUGAACAUCGAGAGGGCCCUCAAGCUGCUGCAGGACAGAUAAGCCCAGAGGAGGAGGAGCACGCGGACAUGGACGCGGGAAGGUCACACUCGGAGCACAGGCCCCAGGAGAGGGAGGUCUUCUUCAUCAGCUCACAUUGUGGAAGUUUGUCCAAGUGGAUGCUGCCUUUUGCUUUUUUUUUUUUUGGUUUUAUUUCUCCUCCAUCUCAGCACUGCCGUCCAGUCCGCAACGCCCUCUUGCGGGGAUGUCUGAAAGAGAGGAAUAUUGUGUGGAAAUGACGACUUCCACACCAAGACUGGAACUCAUCUAGCUUCACUUUUGGAAUACUAAAGACCUUUUCCAUGUGGCCCACGCGUGGGCGCAUGAAAACCAGCUGAGCUGGUCUUUGUUCCUUUUCUAUCUUUGCUAGAAUUUGUUGAGAGAAUAAUAUUUCUUCACUAGAGUCCUACCGUUAUAUUUCUGGGUGCGUCUGAGGUGGUACAAACACUUUUUAACAAUGACAACGUUGAGCUGACAUGUCAGAACGCAACACACACACACUUAUUGCACACACAAAUGGACCAGUGAAGUGCCACGGUCUUCACAGGUGUACACACACACACGUACAGUUAGAGAGAUGGCCAUUGCCCGAUACCCACAAGCUUCAAGAUGGCCAACCAAAACAUUAGAGGAGUUCACCCUGGUAAAGUCACAUCAGAUUGACACCUUGUCCUUUUUCCUUCAAAUUGUGUGUGUGUGUGUUUUGGUAGGCCUCCCUACAGAGAAACUAGAGCAUCACCUUUUUCUUUUGUAACACAACUGUGACCAGCACUUACAAAGAUGAUAUAAUUAUCCAUAUGUAAUAUUUGAUAUUUCUCCUGUAGCUGCCUUCAUAAAAGAGUUUCCCCAACAGGCGUCUUAAAAUGCUUCACUUGCUCCGAUGUUGGCGUCACUCAAUCAACGUAAGAGGAUAUUGAGCUCACUAGAUUAGGGGUGUCCAAAGUGUGGCCCGGGGGCCAUACGAAGCUCACAGCAGUUUAUUUAUUAUUUAGUUUUUUAUUGGCAUGCAGCACAUACUAAAAUUGAAAAUAUUAUGGGAAUGGAGUUAUAAUUAUGAGAAUAAAAUUGACAAUAAAAAAGUUGAUUUUUUUUGGAAAAUUCAACAAAAACAGCAGAAGCGAAUAAAGCCAAAAUGUAAGAAAAAACAGUCACAAGUUUAGGAGAAUAAACUUAAAAAAUAAUUUUAAAAAAAUAAUUAGCUUAGCAUUAAAAAGUCACAAUAUGAGAAACAAACAAAACAAAGUCAUAUUUUGGAAAGUUAGGCUACAGAAAAAAGUUAAUAAUAAUACAAGAAUAAAGUCAAAAAUGUUCUAAGUCAUAAAUACAAGGAAAAUUAAAAACAGCACAUAUGGAAAAAAGCUGUAAUUUUACAAAAAUAAAGUAAAAAUAUUAUGGGAUUGAAGUCAUAAGUAAUAGAAGACAAUUUAGAAAGAAAGAAAAUGUUGUUAGAUGACAAAACAAAGUUGUAAUUUUUGAAAAUUGGGUUACAGAAAAAAAUAUAAUGUUGCAAGAAUUAAGUCAAAAUAUUAUGUCAAUAUAUUAAUAAGUCAUAGUUAUGAGAGGAAAAUUUUAUAAGGUUGAAAUAGUUGGAAAAAAAUCAAAAAAUCAAAAAAAUUGUUGGAAUUUUUACAAGAAUAAACUUGAAGAGAAAGUUUUAAUCUAACGGAUAUUAAAGAAAAAAGUUUUUUUUUUUUACUUAAUAAAUCUAAUGACUAAAACAAAACAGGUGUAAUUUAAAAAAAAAUAGGUUAGGGAAAAAAUUGUAAUGUUCCCUAAAGAAAAUGUAUAAAUUGAGGAUUUAUGAGUAAGAAAUUAUUAAGAAAGUUUAAAUAUAAGACUGAAGUUGAUACUAUCAUAUGCAUUUUCAACUAGUGUAUAUCACAAAGCUAAGAAUUCAUUAAAAUACAUAAUUACCAUAUGAAAGUUCAUCAUGCGGCCCCCCUGGUGGAAGAAGGUUUGGACACCCCUGCUCUAGAUGUUGAGAUCCACAGGUUUAAAACCAGGAGGUGGACUGUUUGGUCCCCAUUAGAGAUUGGAAGCCUGCAAGCAAAGCACAGCAUUUAUUUUGUAUUUUAUUCACUUUCAAACACAUCAAAUAAGUUUCCCGCUUUGUUGCUGGAAUGUCGAUUUUAUUCCUGAAAAUCCAGUCAAUUCCAAAAGGAUGCUGCCAUCAAAUACAAUUCAGUCCCACAAAGCAAAUGGAUGCACACUUAGCGUAGUUUGUCUUUGGGGAUAAACAAUGUAAAUAAUUAUCUGUGACGCAGGCAGCAUAUUUCAAAAUAAAGUACCCAGGGUUUUACGUCCACAGGCUGCCCCUUGACCUUAGUAUUUGUGACUUGUAACUAGCGGACUUGUUUGUGAAGCUGGUUUAUGCCAUCCGGUCCAGCCUAGUUGUUGAAAAGGUGUACAUACGCGUGUUAAAAAACAAAAACUAACAAAAAAAACGAGGUUAGCCGGAGGUUUGGAGUGAAAACAAUCGUAGGAAGGUUCCCUGCUAACCCGACGGCCAAAGCUGCACCCCCGUCUUCAUAGCUCCCACUUCCUGUUUUGCCCCCGAAGUAUGUAGAGCACACUUCCUGUGUGUGCUUUAAUCUGGAUAUCCCAAAUAGAAAUACUGUAGUAGUAUUCAACAAAGUUAGGUGGUUUCAACCUCCCGCUGGGCUGUGGCGGUGCAGCCCGGGAGUGAAACUAGCAACGCUCUGUGUUCUGUGAACAUUGGCCGCAGAGAGACUUGGCACGGGACAAUGCUGCUAGAAACGAGUAUCUUAUUUUGAAAAACACACACAGCGACGUGUCAGCCACGGGGAAGAAAAGCACAGUAUUUUUCAACAUUUGUAUAGAGUUCUAUGACAUUUUAUAGAGAUUAUCUUCACAAAUAUAUAUAUAUAUGUUCGGCGCCGAUGUGUGGAUUUGCCAAAUACAGAAAUAUUAUAUAGAUACAAGCGUGGAUAAUAUUAUUAUUAGACUUAUGGGUUAUGUAAGAAGCAAUAUUUAUUCUGAAUGAAUCUCCUUUGUUGUGUUUUUUUUCCCAUUUGAAAGUGACAUAUCACAAUGAUGACUUGUUUGUGUUUCAAUAAAGUGUUGCCUAGAUACUCCAGUACCAGUACCACACUAAGAUUGGUCACCAAAACCAGGUUUCCUCUUACCGAUACUUGCCUAACCGUCAUCAUCAUCAUCAUCCUCGCCAUCCCUGACCUGAGAGAGUACUGCUUGUACACAGAAAAAAGUUCAAUCUCGUGUGCUGGCCAUCUUGGUAGGACAGUCAAAGAAACACAACCUCGUAGACGCUAUAUACGCGCUAUAUACACGCUAUAUACACGCUAUACGGCUGUGUCUCAACUCGCACGCUAACGUGUUUAGUACCUGACCAAAAACCCCAAAUGGUGCGCAACAUUGGACCCGAACCACAAGGGAUGAAAGAGUCGUUCAAAACUGACUUUUACUGAAUCGGGACCUCGGGAAGCGAUCCGGCGGGACUGCGAGUGCUAGCUAAGUUAAAAAAGAAACCAGUUAGCAUGUCAUUAAUUGCGCAACCAUUUCUUAAUUAGAGCCCGACCGAUAUUGGAUUUAUGAAAAAAAAGCUGAUAUCUGAUAUAUCGGCUAAUAUAUGGAAAAAAAGUAUUUUCUACUGCUUAUCCUUGCGGGGGUGCUGGAGCCUAUCCCAGCUGUCUUCGGGCAAGAGGCGGGGUGCACCCUGGACUGGUGGCCGGCCAAUCACAGGGCACAUAUAGACAAACAACCAACUGGAGUUGAACACACAGAUGGCUGAGGGUGGAAUCGAACUCGGGUCCCCUAGCUGUGUGGCCUGCAAUUUAACCGCUCGUCAGCCGUGGAGCCUAUACAUGAACAUUCGUUCAUUUUCUACCGCUUAACCUCACAAGGAUCGAGGGUGGUGCUGGAGCCUAUCCCAGCUGUCUUGGGGCAAGAGGCGGGGUACACCCUGGACUGGUGGCCGGCCAAUCACAGGGCACAUAUAGACAAACAACCAUUCACACUCACAUUCAUACCUAUGGACAAUUUGGAGUCGGCAAUGAAAUUAACCUAGCAUGUUUUUGGAAUAUGGGAAGAAACCGGAGUACCCGGAGAGAACAUUCAAACUCCACACAGAGAUGGCCGAGGGUGGAAUCGAACCCAGGUCCCCUAGCUGUGCAGGCUGCGCGUUAACCACUCGCCCAUACAUGAUGAUAAAUUCCCAAAAUAGUAUUCAAGGCAAAGCGGAAUAGCACUAAAUGAAAAUAAGGAAAUUGAACAUGAGGACUUGCCUGUGAUUUACCUUUAGUUGUUGCCACAAAUGAGUAGUAUUCUUUGCUUUGCUGGUUCUGAAUCCCCGUCUAACAUCACGCUGGACGCCUCCACGCCGUCCUCCUCGCCUCUGCCUGUCAAAUAACAACAUAAACACUUGGUCAUUAGCUUAGUAUUGGAUACUAUAGUCGAGCAUUUUCAAACCACAACAAAUGGCGGAUUAGGCUAACAGUCAUGCUACAUAAGCUAAUGUCGGGUGCGUGUUUCACCUGGUGUAUGUGUUUUAAAAGACCUAGCGUAUAGAAAAUAUAUAUGGAUAGUCACAACAACAUCUUACCAAUAUCAGCGAGUCAUAUUUACUAGCUAUUGAACAGUUUCCAUCUACGUUUAUUUCGUUUAAAACGCCUUAAAACGUUUAAAAUGGCGGACGUGUCAAUUAGCAGUCACCAGCUGUGUUUAGCUAACACAGCUUAUCCUACGUUAUAAUACAAUCUCCAAAACUUGAAACGUGAUAGCUACAAUGUUCUCCUUGACAGAGCUUUUGGUUAUAUGGUUCUACAAAGUCACAGUUUACUUACCAUGCUGGGAAAAAUGAAGUUUAUUGUCGCGUUUGAGGUCUUCCCGUUGCGGGUUGAGUGACGAAGCGGCAAUGCGCAGCUGCGUCUGUGUGAGGGGGCGGGGCGAGUACGGGUACCAGCCAGUGAGCCGGUGAGUCUCCACGACAAGCAGAAAGUAACAUAUCGGCUACAUUUGAACCGAUCUUGACCCACUAACCAUGCAGACAUUUCAGGUAUCAAACUUAUUGCCACCCCCAGUGAAACAUUUCGGUCGGGCUCUAAAUCUCUAAAAUAAAUGUGUAGCCCAGUGGAGAAGCAACAGGACCCGAUAAAAGGAACGAUUCACUGACUCACGAUGUGUAAAACGUAGGCGACUUGAGUACCCGACUCAUGAACGAGUCGGUAAAAGGAAUCAAUUUUCCCAUCACUACUUAAUAACAAUCGCCAUCUUGGCUACUAUUUAUGUGUGAAAGGUAGGGUUGGGUGGGUUGGUGUCCAUUUCAUAGUAGUGGUGAUUUUGACUUAUUUUCAAGAUUAUUGAAUAAUUUUGUGAUUUUUUUUCUCCAGAAGGUUGUUGAAUACGUAUAUAUUUCUUCACAAUGUUAUUAUAAAAAAUUAUAAUAAUAUAACAAUACAUUAUAUAGCAGCAUCAACAUAAUAAAAUGACUCCCUUUUAUUACAUGCAAUUGUGCAAAUGACCCCAUAUAUCCUCGUAAAUAAUAAUAAUAAAAAUAAUGAAAAUAGGCCGCAGAACAUAACAUCUCAUUGACUAUACGGUGGUAAUAUUUCAUGUCAAUGUAAUAAUGCAGGUCAAAUGUACAUUUUGCACUGUGUUCAGCAGUCCUUGAAUGCACCAUAGUUGUGUGCAGGUACAAUGCAAAGGUUUGUUGGCCAAUGGAAGCAUUCAUUAGUGGUGAGUAGUGAGGCGUUUUAUACUUGAAAUGUGUUUAAUAUUAAUUUAGGGCUUAAACCUGCACGAGUGAACAGCGGCAAUUGAAGAGAGAGGGGGAGGGGAUCUGGGCAUUUUGUAAAGCAACACAUGUAGAUAUAAGAUAUGUACAUAUAUUUCAAGAAAAACUUUUUCCAAAUAUUUCUUCUGAAUAUUUUUUAUUAUAGUAAUAUUAUGACUUUAUUGUCAUAAUGUUUUAAUUUAAUUAUUUUUAAAUUGCAACUUUAUUUAGUUUUGCUUAUAUCCUUUUGUUGCUUAAUAUUUAAACUUUACCCUACUAAAAUGACAUUAUUUUUUCCUCAUAUUAUGGUGUUAUUCUCGUGAAAUUGCGACUUUUUUUUCUUCUUGUAAUACGACUUUUAUGUCUUAAUAUUUUGACUUUAUUCUGGUGAAAUUACUGCAGAUUUUUUUUUCCAAUAAUUUCAAUUUUAUGUUUGUAAAUUUUCUUCUACAGAUAUUUGGACUUUAUUCCCAUCAUAUUAAAACUUCAUUUUUAUUUUAGUUGUUUGUUUCCUCAUCAUAUUACCACUUUUUUUUUACGUUUUUAAAAAAUAGUUCUACUUUAAAAUUGUGUUAUUUAGGGAUGUCUGAUAAGUAUCGGUACAGAUAAUUAUUGGGCCGAAAAAUUGGGCAUAAAAAUGCAAUAUUGGUUUAUAUAUCGGUUUUCGGCAAAAAAGGCUAAUAUUGGACAUCCCUAGUGUUUUUUUCUCAUAUUAUUACAUUUUUCUCAUUUAAAAAUGUGUUUGAUUACUUUGAUUCUUCUUUGGAUUUUAUGCAUAUUUUUCCCUUCCCCCCCCAUUUUAAGACUAUAUUUAUCGAAAUGUUUUGCGGGUCACAAAAGGCCCCCGGGCCACACUUGGGUGCUCACCACUGACGAAUGCAUGAUGGAAUGGGAGCCUGUCACUGCCGACAAACCGUGGUGCAUUCAAGGGCCACCAAACUGUGAAAUUUGAGGGAAAAAAAGAAGCAUGAAGGCAUCAUUGUGGUAUUUUGAUUGUUUAUGCUGCACAUUUUACCUGUAUUAUCACAUACGAGUAAAUUAUUACCGACUUAGUGCCUAUUUUUGGAGGCGGAAAAAAAAAAUUACGUACGUUUGGACCAAAAAUGGAGUGGAUUUGAGACACAGCCUAAGAGUUGUGGCUCUGUAGGUCAGCAAGUCACCACGUAGUCGUUUUAGUGUUAAAAACAAAAAAAAUGAAAAACAUAAAAGCGAGUAGAUGUAGUGAGAAGGGUCACCAUGUUUAGGACAAGCAUGGCUCACUAAACGUCCAUGAAACCCUUUUCUAACCCACCUUUCUCAUUGUCCAACUUCUUUUGCUUUCAUGAUUAGAAUUGGAUUCUCGGAAGUCUUCAUAGAGACUAAGAUGUUUUGUGCAAAGACUUGUGUUCAUGUUUUUCUAUGUUGCUGUAAUUUUGUGCUUUGAGAGUCACCACAACUCGUUCUUGAAAUGAAGGAGAGAGAGAAUGUUCCCGUCAUGCACUCUUCAUUCCCUCAUGCCCCAGAAAACCCUCAACAAUUCUUGUAUGGCAACCAAAAGUCACUGUAAGAAAUAAAUAUCAUAUUGCACUA